CUGAUUCAUGUUUUGUUUACAAUUGCAUUUCGUUGUAAUUUAUUAUUAAAAACAGCUAUGGUGGAAGAAGGUACGAACGCCAGCAGUAACGUAAAGAUAAAAGCGGCGAAUAAUCGCCCCAAAUCCGUGUACUCCUGGAACGUAUUGGACGUGCAAAAGUGGCUGCGAAGGCACUGCAGCGAUUACUAUCAAUUGUACGUGGAGAAUUUCACGCAACACGACAUCACCGGCAGGUCUUUGUUGAGGAUCAACGACAAUUCGUUGCUCAGAUUGGGCAUUACGAACGAUGUGCAUCGGGAGGCCAUUUGGAGGCAAAUCCUGAAGCUCAGACUGAAGACCGAUAUCGUGGAAAUUAGGGAUUUGCAGCGGAGGAAUAUGAAUGUAUAUUAUGACAAUUCGAUAGUUUGAAAAUUUAGCUAUAAUUUUGUACAUACUUUGUAUU